AUGUUCGAGUUAGUUCUGCACGUAGCACCAAAUAUGCGAUUCACUGAAAUUGUAAAAGAAUAUUUAAUUAAUUCCACUUUCCAUGGUGUGAAAUUUAUUGCAGAUGAUUCAUAUCACGUAACAGAACGCAUAUUUUGGAUAGUGUGUGUUAUCAUUUCCUGGGUUGGUUCUGCCUUUCUCAUCGAUGCCUCACUCGAAGCUUUUCAAACCAGUGCCAUAUCAUUCGUGGUAGAAACGAGCUACCGCGAUUGGAACACUCGUUUUCCCUCGAUUGUCGUGUGUGAGAUGCGAAACAUGGAAAGAAUCCAAGCCAUCGCUGAUAGGCUGUGGGGCGAAGAUCAUGAUUUUGCGAUGGAAGAAGUUUUAAACGAGAUUGGAUACUUCCGUGGCGAAUCGUAUCACACAGUGAAUGAGUGUGCGGGAGAAGAUAUGGCCGAAAACUGUUUUUUCGACAACUUUACGGCAUACGCUGAACUAGUGCGCAGUACAUGCAUGGAGACGCUCGAGGAUUGUUACUGGAAUGAUAAACCGUUCGACUGCUGUCGAUACUUUCAACCGAUGGAAACCGAACUGGGACUGUGCUAUGCGGUCAAUUCAUUACAAACAAGUGCAAAAGUUCCGAUCAAGCUGAACAUGAUUUCGAACAAGCAUACCGGGCCGGGCAAGCUAACUAUCACCGUACUUACCGAAGCUUACGUCUAUACGAUUGGUGAGGAAGAGGUGCCCAAUUUGAUUACUCCCAAAUCGGACGUUCUGCUUGUCGAUCAUUACAUCGCUUACAAGCGGCACAUCUCUAUCAAGGAUAUUGAGAAUGACCCGGAAGCGAAGCAAGUGAGCGUGUCCCAGCGCAAGUGUCGCUUUCCGGACGAAAACAAUCUCAACGUUCACCGGUUUUACAGCUACAGUGCGUGCUCUGUUCAAUGCCGAAAGGACAAGCAGAUCAAAAUAUGCAACUGCACAAGUCAUCUAAUGCCCAAUACAGAACCUCACUUGAAGUGCAAUAUGUCUGGACUGAUUUGUCUCAAUGAGCAUUAUGAAGAUCUUACGAUCGUUAUCCCUAAAUGGUCGGUUGGACGAAGAGGAGUUGUGUGUGAUUGUUUGCCUUCAUGUACAGAGGUGGACAUAGGAAUUGUGCAUGAUUCACGCGAAAGCAUAUUUGAUUCCGAUCGUCGCUACUCGACAAUUGAAAUUCAGCUUUCCGCACUACCAACGGAACGCUACAAAAGAAAUGUUGUACGCGGAAGGCUCGAUUUAGUGGUAUCUGUUGGUGGUACUACAGGAUUGUUUGUCGGGGCCAGCCUGCUAUCGUUUGUGGAGAUUUUCUACUACUUUACUGUACGACCUUAUGGAACGAGAUAUAUACUUAAAGUUAAACGAAAUGUAGGGCCUUAUAAACAUUGAAACUGGUUAAACACAUAAGAUAUCUGUUAAAAAAUGAAAAUACGCGUUACUUUUCGUAUGUGGAAAAUCCUAAAUAAUAAGAACUCUAGCAAACGUAUGAAAUGAGUCCCGAUAAGCAUCACCAGUGCGCGUCACUAUCUAUCGGGGACAAUUUUUCGCUAUACCAGGUGCAUCCAGGUGUCCCCACAGCCUAGGUCAUCAAGCAGGGUGUCGCCCGUUAUCGCCCCUUCAUUCUUUAGUACGUGCCGAUGAGUCCAUGACAAUUCCACAAUCAAGAUUCAAGUGAGGGCUUACUGGUAUUAAUUGGACGGAUUGUUGGUAAUGUUGGACCGGUACUCUUGCACCGAACCGAACAUCGAUAAUGUCUGAUAAGCAACCACACAUGUCACCAUAGCGCUUCCUAUGUCACCCUCAAGUGCACGCGUACCAAUUUCAUUGUUAUCCUGAAUCGACCUCCGUGAUGGCAGAAAAAAGCAUGCGUUGUAUCACACACCUGGUCGACCCGGUGCUACAUUCCGUACUAUACGAAAGAAAAUUUAUAGCUCCUAGGCGGUGAUUAAUUGAUUGGAGUUUUUUUUUUCGGUUCCGUGAUAGAGCGUGGCUUUUAUCGACGCAUUUUGUCGGUCGCAAAUCGAGGGGAAAAAACAAAUAAUAAUGAUAAUUACAUUCAAACCGAGCAAGUGAACUCCCGUACAUCUGGCAUACGUCAUACAGCCUUAAAGCAUAUCUCCCUGAGAAGAUGAGUACAGUGCAGGAGUACUUGUUUCAUAUCUGCACAAUAUAAAUAUCACACGAUACUUCAAUUUCUAUUCAAUCAGAAAAAUCCUCGUCAUAUUCUUUGUGAAUUAUUUCAAAACAAAUUUUUCAAAACUUUAAAUGUUAUUUUAAUAUAUUAUUAAUUACGGUAUAAACAACUUUACUACGAUCCAAACAAA